AUGCAGAUCUUCGCCUACGUCGGCUACACUCUGGUGGACAUGGGCCAGCAAAGGUACAACGCGCAGCCUGCGGAGUGGACACCUGUGAUGUUCCCACGCUUCAACAGCUGCGGGGGCUGCCCAGAAGGCAACAAGACGGAUGAGCAGCUGGAGCAGUGCGUGCAUCCUUGUUUCAACCUCAGCUUCGUGAAGAGCUGGGAGUCCUUCAACAAAGAGAAUGGCUUCCAGACGCUCUAUUUGCCCUCGCGCCAGGGACCUGAAGGCGGCAUCGUCAACAUCAGCGCGCAGUGGUUGCCGGCGCCAAAGCGAUCCGAUGGCACCGAGCCCCCACGGGUCGUGGCUCUGCACGGGCUGGGUGCCAACAACAACCACUGCGGGGUACAGAUGACUUGCUUCCACCUGCGCUCCAUCGGUUUCAGCUGCCUUGCACCUUCGGCCCGAGACAAUGGCCUCAGCGGGGCGUCUUCGCACCCCAACGUGAUGUCCUGGCUCUACGAUUACCAGUAUGACCUUUUAGGCGCUUGGGAUUACGCGGUCAACGACCCCGACGGCAAGCUGGGCGGCAGCUUGCCACCGGCCAAGGUGGGCAUCAUGGGCUUCUCCAAGGGCGCCGCGGAGGCCGCCUUGGCCUUCGCCGCGGAGCCCCAGAUCCCGGGGGCGUGGCUGGACUCAGGCGCCUACAGCGGGCUCCAAGGGAGCAUCGAGGCCACCCUGGAGCCCUUCGUUGGUCCCGCCCUCGCGCCCAUCCUGACCAAGCCGAUUUUUGGCUCGGGCCAGUUCUUCUCGGGCGGCAGAAUCGAUGUGAUGGACCCCAUCGAAGAGCUCCGCAAACAGUGCCCCCGCCAGCGCCCCGUCAUGAUCUCACAGAGCAGCCUGGAUGACACCGUGCCCAUCAGAGAAGCGGAGAGAGCGGUGGUGGAGCUUUCAGGGCUGUUCGACUGCUACCGCGUCAGUGCCUACACGCCGCCGGAGUUUUGCAACGGUGCCCGCCACCACCAGGAGAUGUGGGAGUUCCCAGACGACACCCGCGUGAAGCAUUGCUCGUUCUGGAGCCGCGUCUUCGACCAGGAUCCGGCGCUGUGCCGCCUCAGCAGCCAGCCGAACUUCCAGACUUGGUCGCCGCCCUUCUAUUUGCCCCCCGGGAGCCCCACCGAGUGA